AUGGAGGUGAACAAGGAUCUGCUUCUUCUCCCCAACAUCACCCUUGGCUUCCGCAUCUAUGAAAAUCAGAAGAUGGAGAGGAAGAUUUUCUUAUACAGCCUCUCCUUGCUCUCCACACGAGGUCAAAUGGUUCCAGGUUACAAAUGUGACAGGAAGGACCCUCUGCUCUCUGUCAUUGGAGGUCACAACUCCGAAUCCUCAAGGCAGAUGGCCUCCAUCUUCAGCAUCUACAAGGUCCCACAGAAGGUGCCCUUUGCCAGAUGUGGCAUGAAGAGGUGCCAGGCAGGAGAGAGGAAAAGUGUUCCAGAGGAUUCUGCAAGCUGUGACCCCUGCCCAGAAGACCGAUAUUCCAACAUGGACAAGGACCACUGCAUUGCCAAAAAGAUCCACUUCCUGACCUAUCAGGAGACCCUGGGAUACACUUUAGUAACUCUAGCAUUUUCUUUCUCUGUGAUCACAUCUGCAGUGCUGGUGAUAUUCCAUAAACAUCGUGACACACCAAUUGUCAAGGCCAACAACCGAGAUCUCACCUAUCUUCUCCUGGUCUCCCUCCUGCUCUGCUUCCUCUGCUCCUUCCUCUUCAUUGGUCAACCUGGGAAGCUCACCUGUCUCUUACGACAAACUGCCUUUGCCAUUCUCUUUUCCAUUGCAGUUUCCUCUGUCUUGGCAAAAACUGUCAUGGUGGUUCUGGCCUUCAUGGCCACUGAGCCAGGGAACAAGGCAAGGAAACUCUUGAGAAAACCACUGACCAACUCCAUUGUCUUAGUCUGUCCCCUGGUCCAAACAGUUCUUUGUAUUAUCUGGCUGGUAACCUCUCCCCCAUUUCCCAACAUGGACUUCCACUCCUUAGUAGCAGAGACCAUCUUGGAAUGUAAUGAAGGCUCAACUUUAAUAUUUUAUGCUGUCCUCGCCUACCUGGGUUUUUUGGCCCUCGUGAGUUUCACAGUGGCCUUUCUGGCUAGGAAAUUGCCCGACAGCUUUAACGAAGCCAAGUUCAUUACUUUUAGCAUGCUGGUCUUUUGCAGCGUUUGGAUCAGCUUCCUCCCCACCUACCUGAGCACCAAAGGGAAGUUCAUGGUGGCCGUGGAGAUCUUCUCCAUAUUGGCCUCUGGGGCUGGUCUUUUGGCUUGUAUCUUUUUCCCCAAAUGCUACAUUAUCCUACUAAGGCCACAUCUGAAUUGUAGAGAGAAUAUAAUGAGGCACAAAAAUGUCUGA